GACAGCCCAGCCCGUUCCUAUAGCAUCCGGGGCUGGCCGCAGUGCUAGCGCUGGCGACGUUCGAGCCGCUCGGGCCAAUCACCAAGGGCGCGACGAGGCCCCGACAGGAGAAGGAUGAGGCAGAGGGCAAAGACUCGAAGGGCGCCGUGGGCGAGGGCUCGGUGAGCAAGCAGCUGCAGACGGCCAUCGCCCCCCUGGUGUCGCAGCGCGAAGACGCGCUCCGAGGGUCGGCGCGCGACGACAAUCUCGUGAUCAUGACGAGGUGCUCGAACCCGAUCGCGAAGGCGCUGGUGGCGAGCACGGCGCGGCGCGCAGAGGCGGGGAAGAAAGCCCGCGAGGAGGCCCAGGAGGGCGCCUCCUUAUCGGGGCGAUGGAAGCCAUCAAGGGGGGCAAGGCCGCGGUGGAGCAGGCCGCCGAGCAGGGGCUGGACCCGAUUAGCACCAAGCAGGCCCUGGAGCAGUUGGUGGUAUGGGGCGAGAAGGCCAGCGCGAAAGAGGCCGUGAUCCAGGCCACGAGGUGCUUCUUCAUCGAGACGAAUGAGAGCCCAGACAGCGACGUGGAGUGCGUGAAGUGGAUCUUCGCGAUGAACUCACACCCAGAGCUCAAGGCCGCGUUCGACAUCGCGCGGUCCAACGGGUACCUGAAGGCGAUCAGCCUCCAGCUGGGCAAGGACGAGGCGCCCCUCAGCCGCGCCGCCAAGCAGGUAGAGCGCCUGGCCUUCCGCAAGGGCGGGGGCGGAGCCGCGGCGGGCAAGGGCAGGAAGAAGCGGCGCAAGCGGUAGGAGUUUCAGAGGCAG